AUGCAUCGGUUUUUUAAAGAACAUUUUGGGCCUUUUAUUUUAAAAAAAGAAAUUAAAUUAAUUAGUUGGCUAAUAUUUUUAUUAUAUAUUUGCUUCUCUUUUUAUGGUUGUGUUAAUAUGAAAGUUGAUAUUUCACCUAAAAAAUAUAUUAGAGAUAAUUCUCCAAUACAAACUUUUGUUUAUUUGGCUGAUAAAUAUAUUUGGGCAGAUAAUGUAAUGCCAACAAUCCAUAUAAUGGAUCCUCCAGAUUUUAGAAAUUCUUCACAGAGGGCUAAAUUUAAUGAAAUGGUUUUUAGAUUAGAAAAUACAAAUUACAGUAUUGGAAGAGUUUCGACUAAUUUAUGGUUAUGGGAAUAUCAAUCAUAUUUAAAUGAUUUUCCCCAAGUUGUUUAUGAAAGAGAUUUUUAUAAACGUUUUCAUCUGCGAAAUUUCUUUUCUCAAUUUGAUUAUCAACAAUUUAGAGGUAAAAAUUAAUUAAUUAAAAGUCAUCACUAUAAGAUACCCCUCAAAUAUUAGAUACUACAUCCCAAGGGGGGGGGGUGCCAAAACUUAAAAACGACAGGCUAGAGAUAGAAGAUGUAACACCAAAAAGUAGAAAAUUCGGCAAGAUGAAAAGCAAAAUGGCACACCCUCGAUAUACCU